AUGCCUUUUAACACAGCCUUGACGCGGAAACUGGGCAUCACCGUCCCUGUCGUCCAGGGUGGUAUGCAAUGGGUUGGAUAUGCAGAGCUCGCCGCAGCAGUCAGCAACGCUGGCGGACUAGGAAUUCUCACAGCCCUCACCCAACCCACUCCUGAAGACCUCCGCAAAGAGAUCCACAGAUGCCGCUCCAUGACAAAAUACCCCUUUGGCGUGAACAUCACCCUCCUGCCCGCCCUCGUGCCUCCAGACUACGGCGCCUACGCACAAGUCAUCAUCGACGAGGGCAUCAAGAUCGUCGAGACCGCCGGCAACAACCCAGGCCCCGUCAUCGAGAAGCUCAAGAAAGCCAACACAACCAUCCUGCACAAGUGCACGACCGUUCGACACGCCAAGUCGGCAGUGAAACUGGGCGUGGACUUCCUGUCAAUCGACGGCUUCGAAUGCGCAGGCCAUGUCGGCGAGAGUGACAUCACGAACUUCAUCUUGCUUAGUCGCGCGCGGCAGGAGCUUAAGGUUCCGUUCAUCGCAUCGGGUGGGUUUGCUGAUGGACAGGGGCUGGCAGCGGCGUUGGCGCUAGGCGCGGAGGGUAUUAACAUGGGGACUCGGUUCAUGUGUACUGUCGAAUCCCCGAUUCACCACAACGUCAAGGAGACGAUUGUGAAUUCCCAAGAGACUGAUACCGCGCUGGUGCUGCGUCGCUGGAGGAACACUAGCCGGCUGUUUAGCAACAAGGUGUCGCGGGAAGCGUUGAAGGCCGAGCAGGAGAGCAAGACCGGGGAAUUCAGCGACGUCGCUCCGUUUGUGAGUGGUAAGAGAGGACGCGAGGUGUUUUUGAACGGUGAUGUGGAUUUUGGUGUGUGGACUGCUGGUCAAGUCAUGGGCUUGAUUCAUGAUAUCCCGACUUGCAGCGACUUGCUUAAGCGUAUCGAGAAGGAGGCUGUGGAUGCUAUGAACCGGACCCGGUCAUUGUACAGCGAUGCGCCGCAGAGCAAGCUGUAA